CUGUAGGCAUUGACAAUGGCAGUGGGUGGUAACGAUGUUGGCGCUAGUAAUAAUGCUACUACUAGUAGCGGGAUUAGGGUUUCUUCAUUUGACUAUUCUGCUGAGAAUUUCUUCAGAUACAUUGAUGACAUUGUAGCACUAUGCGGGGAAGAUCAGAAUACUGAUUUUCAUCACAGUGAGGUUCAGAGAUUCUCUUCCUCCCUCACAUUUUUAAGAGAAUGGAGAGAUUUUAGGUAUCCACCAAAAAGCAUUAGAUUUGGUUACAUAACUGAGAGAUGUCAGAGCUCUGAGGAAAAAGAUGCUGGAGCCAUAACUUUGCCUCAGUUCUCAUCAGCCACUGUUCCCCAGGUGUUGUGUUGCAAACAAUUCAUUAUCUUUUUGUGUAUCGUUCUUAGUGUGAUGUGCAAAGCAAAGAGCAUCCCGUGGAUACCAAAUUGCAGGAAUCCAGGUAUCACUAAUGCAGAGACUUUGUGAUGUGUGUUGGAGGCCCUGUAUGGGCAUUAGAUUGGUGUCCUUGGAUAGAUGAAAGGCCUGAUUGUUCAGCUAAAUGUGAGGUACUUGGUUUCUCUCUCCCGCCUUUCAAGCCAUCUAUUUAGCUACUUUUUAUUGGCUUUCUAUUGUAUGGGGAAGUUUUUGAAGUUUGAACAUGAGCUAAAUGGUGUACUCUGUCUAAUUGUUGAUUUUGACAUCUAACAUGUCAAGGUUCAUUGUCUAUUUGAAGUCUCAUGG